AUGGCAAGCUUAUCCGUGCAGGUUAUGGUGGAGGCCAUGCAGACUAUCUACAAUAUGGCCGUGAAAAACCAGGGCCCCCCAGUUAUGAGCAAUCUCACCAUCUGCCUAGUCGCCUCCGCAAUCGUUGUGAAGGUAAUGCUCUUCUUGGCCUGUUGGAAGUUUGGACGUGGUGAGUCGGUGGCAGCAUUACGGAAUGACCAAUUGAACGAUUGCCUCAGUAACUCCGUUGCUUUGAUCUUCUCUACGCUCUCAACUCGAAUUGAAGGAGCUCCGUAUCUGAAAUAUUUCGAUCCUGUUGGUGCUUUGAUUAUCGGCUUUUAUAUCAUUUACAGCUGGUGGAAGAUGGGAGCUGAGCAUACUCGUAAUCUGACAGGUCACACUGCUGAUCCUGCCUUCCUACAACGUAUCACCUUCAUUUGUGUUAACCAUCAUCAAUUAAUAGAACGGUUGGACACAGUUCGAGCAUUCCACUUGGGCAAUAACUACAUGGUUGAGGUUGAUAUCGUUUUACCCCAUGAUAUGGAUCUUCACAAAGCCCACGAUAUUGGCGAAUCACUACAACAGAAGUUGGAGUCUCUCGACGAAGUAGAACGCGCUUUCGUC